CAUUCAUGUCUCGAAUACCUGCAGCGAAAAGGCGGCGUCUCUCGCCCCAAAAGUCGGGAGCAUCCGCCAGCCCGCCCCCGAAAUCUGCCAAAGUAAAUGGAAACGCACAGAACGACUAUCUUGUCACCGCUUCGAAAUGGAACUUGGAGCAAGAAUACGAGCAACGGCCACGAAAAGUCAAAAGCAAGGAGAAGGAGAACUCGAGACUACCAAUUAGGACAUCGAAAGGCUGGGUGGAACCUGAAGCAGUACUAGAGCCAGAGGUUGCGGCCGAGGAGUCGGAUAGUUUCUUGGGUUUCGGAGAUGAAGACGACGGCAGCGAGGAGGAGGAACCAGUGCCAGAAAAGCCCAAGGUUUCUUUGAAGCAGCAGAUACUGGAAGCAAAGGAGGAGUUGGCAAGGCUGGCGAGCCUCAUUAAUGAGGACCCGGAAGAACAUACAGGCUCACUGAGGGCGUUGGCGCAAAUCGCUUCGUCGGAGAAUAUUACAAUCCGCAAAUUGGCAUUGGCGACCCAAUUGGCUAUUUAUAAGGACAUUAUUCCUGGAUAUCGAAUACGACCCGCAAGGGAAGACGAGAUGAAGACGAAGCUAUCGAAAGAAGUCAAGAAGCUCUGGACUUUUGAGCAGUCAUUGGUCUCCACAUAUCAGAACUACGUGCGGGAGCUGGCAAAGCUAGCAAAGGGUAGUAAUGGCGCCUCAUCAGAAGAAGUUGCCGGCCUAGCAACAGUCGCUAUCAGCUGCGCGUGCAAUCUCCUUGUUGCAGUCCCGCACUUCAAUUUCCGAGGAGACCUUUUGAAGAUCCUCGUCGACAAAUUGAGCGGCAAACGAGUCGAUGGUGAUUUUUCAAGAUGCCGCGAAACUCUAGAAACCAUGUUCCGGAACGACGAGGACGGGAACGCGUCCCUUGACGCAGUUACGAUGUUGACGAAGAUGAUGAAGGCCCGCCAUUAUUACGUGGACGAAAGUGUUCUAAAUACGUUCCUCCACCUACGGCUGCUCUCUGAAUUCUCACAAAAAGCUUCGCAGAAUUCCGUUGACAGACCGUCGGAAGACGCUAUGGCUGGGAAGAAACUGAAACAAAAGCGCGAGUUUCGGACGAAGAAGACGCGGAAGCUGUUGAAAGAGCGCAAGGCCAUCGAAAAAGAGUUCAAGGAAGCUGACGCGACAGUGAGCCACGAGGAACGCGAUCGUAUGCAAGCGGAGACGCUCAAAAUGGUGUUCGUUGCUUACUUCCGCAUUCUUAAAGCGAGGUCCCCGAAAUUGAUGGGCGCAGUUCUGGAGGGAUUGGCAAGAUAUGCCCAUCUCAUAAAUCAAGACUUCUUCGGGGACAUUCUGGAGGCCCUCAAGGAUCUCAUACACUAUGCAGAAUCUGUUGCGAACGACGAUAGUGACGAAGAAGACGCCGAAGAUAUUGAGGAAGAAACCCCUCGUAAUGCCAGCCGCGAGUCGCUGCUCUGCGUUAUUACAGCAUUUGCUCUCCUUCAAGGGCAAGACGGUAGCAUGGCAGCGACGACACUUAAACUUGAUCUGAACUUUUUCAUUACUCAUCUUUAUCGGAUUCUACACCCCGUCUCUCUGAACGCCGACAUUGAGUUUAGCGCAAAGUCCCUUCAUCUUCCUGAUCCGCAUGCUCCCGACGCUGCGUCGAAUCCCAACAAGGUCAACAUCCAAACCACCACCGUGCUACUAUUGCGUUCGCUUUCCUCAGUCUUGCUUCCUCAGGCCGCAGUAAGAUCUGUGUCUCCGAUCCGUGUGGCUGCAUUUUGCAAGCAGCUCAUGACCGCAUCUUUACAACUACCCGAGAAGUCCUGUCUAGCGAUGCUAGGCCUCAUGAACAAAGUGACUAAGAUACAUGGACGCAAGAUCGGUGCUCUGUGGCACUCGGAAGAGAGAAGAGGUGACGCUCUCAAGAUGCCGCAAACUGCAGCAGUGCGCACAACGCCCUCGCAUACGGACCUCCCUCCUUCUGUGGAGAAAGCGUACUACCGGAAGUGCAUCGACCUCCGAAGGCGCAUCAAUGACAUUGAAGAGAACAACGCUGGCACUCAGCUACGGCUCAAGCGACUCAACCGGGCAAUCACUAAGAUGCGCCUUGAGCGAGCCUUCUUGCUGGAGCAGCUAGCCCAGCGAAUGGAGUACAAUGUGGACGAGUCGGACCGCAGUAGCAGCCCCCCGCCUACGCCGCAAGACAAGCCCCUUCGCAGCAAGCGGUCGCAUCGGAAGAACACGCCAACAUUGGGGGCUCACCCAAGUGGGAAUUUGGCUCCUCAGCAUCCCUCCCCACCUGCCACUCAGCACCAGCAUCACCAAACAAUCCUCAAUCCAAUGCGCACAUUGUCGUCCGCUCACUCUACCCCCGAUCCGAGCCGCUCUGGCCCAAUCUUCUUCAAUAAUGUGCCCGGAAGCGCGGCAUCCCCACCCGUCAAUGGCACUGGCGCCACGCCGCUGCCUCCCAUCCACUCGCAUCUGCCGCCCCUGCACCCCCAUCAGCCUCAGGUCCACCCGGGUCAGCCUGGCGCAUACUUUGAGGCGCCCUACGAUGACCGGCGCCCGCACAAUAGCGAAGCAGAAUAUGCUGAGCGAAGGCGAGCGUAUUCUGGCGGUCAGGGCGCACCAGUUGAGGGCCUCGAGGGCACCAAUGGGGACAGGAGAGGACAGGAUACUGAAAUGGGAGAUGCACCGGCUGGAGCAGGAUUCGGUGGUGGAUUCACUGCGGUGAAUAGUCGUACUUGGUGGACGGGAGGUGGCACUACAGAUCUCGGGGGUCUUCAGAAAGAGGUUAAAGGCAGCAGCGAUGGUGUUAUGGCGGUUGAACUUUCACUAGUACUGGCGUUGGAAGGUCACAGGCUAUGA